GAGAGAGAGAGAGAGAGAGAGGAUCAUCCGAUUGAUUAAGACAGAAUUGUCUACAUCGUUUAGAUUUUAAUUAGUUAAUAUGAUGGCAAUAGAACAUAACAUAUAAGUUAAGGGUAGGAGGGACAAGGUAGAAGAUACGAGAUAGGGCCGGUUAAAGACGGCCAUAACAAACAAUCUCCUCAGCCGGCGAACUCUGUCAUGAAUUGGCACAGCUCAUCAUCUCACUCUUCCAAUCCGGCCCAUCUCUCUCUCUCUGCUUUGAGGACUUAUUUCCAUUCCUUUAUAACCCUCCUAGUUUGAGGACUUAGUCAUAUCGACCCAUCUCUCACCAUUAAUAUUCCAUUUCUCUUCUCCUACAGCUUUAGCUACCUCGAGAUCUUCUCUUAUUAUUAUUCUUCUUUAUUUGUCGACCGACGUGAAAUACUGAUUUCAUGGCCAAGUUAUCCAACCAGAAAACCACUGCAAAAAAUAACAUUAUUUCUAACGCUAAUGCAGCUAAUAACACUACAGUCACAAAGGUGAAACGAACCAGGAGAAGUGUCCCAAGAGACUCCCCUCCUCAACGUAGCUCGAUUUAUCGAGGGGUCACCAGGCAUCGGUGGACCGGCCGAUAUGAGGCUCAUUUGUGGGAUAAGAAUUGCUGGAAUGAAUCCCAGAACAAGAAGGGCCGCCAAGUUUACCUUGGAGCAUAUGAUGAUGAAGAAGCUGCAGCGCAUGCUUAUGACUUAGCAGCACUUAAAUACUGGGGUCAAGAUACCAUUCUCAACUUUCCGUUAUCGACAUAUCCGAAAGAAUUGAAAGAAAUGGAGGGCCAGUCAAGAGAGGAAUACAUUGGAUCAUUGAGACGGAAGAGCAGUGGUUUUUCUCGGGGAGUUUCUAAAUAUAGAGGUGUUGCUAGACAUCAUCACAAUGGAAGAUGGGAAGCUCGAAUUGGACGAGUCUUCGGCAACAAGUAUCUCUAUCUUGGGACUUAUGCUACCCAAGAAGAAGCCGCAACAGCGUAUGACAUGGCGGCCAUAGAGUACCGUGGGCUCAAUGCUGUCACAAACUUUGACCUCAGCCGUUACAUCAAAUGGCUAAAGCCUAAUGGCCCUAACAACGACAUUUCUGGUCAGACUAAACCUAAUGUGGAGGCUAUAUUGCCCAAUGUGACCCAAAACCCUAAUGAUCAAGAACGUGGACUUGGUUUCUUCAACAACCUUGCAUACAGCCCUGGAGAAACCGUAGUGACCACUCAGCUGCCUAGACCAACAACUGCAACAUCAGCUCUAGGGCUCCUGCUUCAGUCAUCAAAGUUCAAGGAGAUGAUGGAAAUGACGACGGCCACCGACUCCAUAUCAUCGCAGCCGGAGCUGGACACGCCGCAGUGCACGUUUCCCGAUGACAUACAGACGUACUUCGACUGCCAAGAAUCGAGUAGCUACGGUGAGGGAGAUGAUCUUAUCUUCAGUGAGCUCAAUUCAUUCAUGCCACCCAUGUUUCAGUGCGACUUCACCGCUUAGAGGAGCAUGUUUGGUGGUUUAAUUUACUCUCUUUUGCAAUCUUAUUCACAUUAGGGUUCUUCUUUUUUUAAUUCUUUUUAAUGUGAAUACGCAUGGAAGGGACGUCCAUGUCUAGAACAAUGAUGCACACAAAAGAUACGAUUCUUUUGCAUAGUGAAAAUUCACUAUUGAUCAUCAUCAUGUGGGAGCAAGGGUAGGCUAAUUAUUAUUUGGUUCCUCAAAUUUCUUUUUAAUUGUAAAGAAGAAUAAAAUUAUUUCAUCAUUUUUUUAUA